UCCUCGGGGUCGGGAUGGAGGCGGCUGUGGCGCGGGGCUCGCUGGGCAGAGCGUUGUCCGGCACCCACCGCCAGGAUCUGCCCGGCUGUAAGGCCGUCAGCGAGGCGCGGGUGCUGGUCAUCAAUACGGGCGGCACCAUCGGCAUGGUGCAGGACGACAAGGGACUUGCUCCUGAGGCCAAUAAGUUAGUAAGCAGCUUGAAGACGAUGCCAAUGCUGCAUGAUGAUGCAUAUGCCCAGGAAACAAAACUGUGCAACCUCCAUGAAUUUCCGGAUGAUACAUUGGUGCUCCCUGUCUCUAAGCAAAACAAAAGAAUUUUCUACACAAUCCUGGAGCUGUCACCACUACUUGAUUCUUCAAACAUGACACCGGAGGACUGGGCCAAAAUUGCAAAGAAACUUGAGGAGCACUAUGAAAAGUAUGAUGGCUUUGUGAUCCUCCAUGGCACUGACACAAUGGCAUACACAGCUUCAGCCUUAUCCUUCAUGUGUGAGAACCUGGGUAAAACUGUUGUUCUGACAGGAUCGCAGGUGCCUAUAUACGAGUUGCAGAAUGACGGCCGAGCCAACCUUCUGGGGGCACUGCUUUUUGCUGGGCAGUUCGUGAUUCCCGAGGUGUGCCUGUAUUUUUAUAAUAAACUGUACAGGGGAAAUAGGGUGACUAAGGUGGAUGCUGGGAGUUUCAAUGCCUUUUCCUCACCUAACCUGCCUCCACUUGCAAAUGCUGAGGUUGAUAUUACAAUAAACUGGGAAACAGUAUGGAGAGCCAACACCAAAAAGAAAUUUCGAGUUCAUACCAAUAUGAACAGGAACGUGGCGCUUCUGCGAAUAUUCCCAGGAAUAACUGCUGCUGCUGUGAAAGCAUUUCUCCAGCCUCCAAUCGAAGGCAUUGUACUUGAAACUUAUGGAAGUGGCAAUGCCCCAAACAGCAGAGAAGACUUGCUAGAAGAACUUAAGAGAGCAACUGAACGAAAAGUAGUGAUUCUAAACUGUACCCAGUGCUUGCGAGGGUCUGUUAAAACAGUCUAUGCAACAGGGCAGACUCUCGCUGAUGUUGGAGUAAUUCCUGGGUGUGAUAUGACACCAGAAGCAGCCUUAACUAAACUGUCAUACGCGCUCAGCAAGAGUGAGCUUAGCUGGGAGGAGAAGAGACAGAUGCUGAGUGAGAAUCUAAGAGGAGAAAUGACUGUUGUACCCACAGGAGCCAAGAUCUCUCUCAGAGAUAGCAAGUUUAUUCAAGUGAUUGCCAGAUCUCUAAGUAUCAGCUGCAAGGAGGAGUUAGAAGCUGUAAGAGAUGCAUUAAUUCCACCUUUGGCUUGUGCUGCAGCUAAACUGGGUGACAUAGACGCACUGAGAGCCAUAGCAGAAAUGGGUGGAAACCUAAGCUGUGAAGACUAUGAUGGCCGAACUCCACUUCAUAUUGCAGCCUCUGAAGGGCAUUUACCAUUAGUUGAGUAUUUGUUAACAUCUGGUGCAACUGUUUACGCUAGAGACAGAUACGGAUCUACCCCACUGAUGAAUGCGAUCAAGUUCAGGCACAUACAGGUGAUCAAUUUAUUACGAGAAACAGGAGCACAUCUUUCAAGCCAUGACUUGGAGAACACUGGAACAAUACUUUGCAGCCUUGCAGCUAAAGGUGAUGUGGAUGGGCUGUACGCCUGGUACCUGGCUGGUGCAGACCUGGAGCAAACUGGUUAUGAUGGCAAGAACGCCCUACAAGUAGCAAAGGCUACAGGGCAUAAGGAGGUUCUUGACUUCCUCAGACAGAAGCAACAAAAGAAGGCUGUAGAAGAUGGUCACUCCUCUUAGAAAUACCAGCUCUGAAGUAUUAGAGAUGUUCAGUGAUUAUGAGGAGAAAAAAGGAAAGAAAAAACAGAAGCUGCACACGGAGCAUGCAGGAAAACUAAAACUGACUUAGAAAUGUUCUUUACUUAGGAACACGUUCAGCUCUCACUGAUUUUCUAAAAACAAUAUGCUGCUUUAUGUUUUAAUCACUUUUUUUUUAAAAGGAAAGUUUUGUGAAAAAGUGAGGCUGGAAUGUAUUGUCCUUACUGCACAAGCUCUGCUUUUAAGGAGAUUUUUUGAAUCUUCUUUCAUUAAAUCACCGAAGACAGUAUUGCAGGCAUGGCAAAAGGAAGUGCCGUGGUGAACUCGUUCCAAGAGAAAACAGUGGAUUGUACAUUUCUGUGUUUCAACUAA